AUGGGCUACGGUGCCGAUGUGUAUGAGUGGGGCCAGGCCUCGCGUCAAUCACACAUCACACAAAUUCACCACGCCUGCGGCUCCGUCGCCCGCCACGAGCGCGACCGCAGCUCACCCGGCCGCCGCUACACACCCCGGUGCUGCGUCGCCCGCCGCGCCCGCCGGAGCUGCGCCAGUCCGCUCGCCCGCUCGUCCUCACAGCACGCUGCCCGACCAUCGCCCGCCACCCACCGCCUGGCGCGCCUCCCGCCGCGAGCGUGGCCGCAGCUCACCCGGCCGCCGCUGCUCGGCCACCGCCCGCCGCCCGGCGCAACGCCGGCCACAAGCGCGACGCCCGACACGUGUGCGGCUCCGUCGCCCGCCGUGAGUGCGGCCGCAGCUCACCCGGCCGUCACUGCCCGCCCCGGUGCUGCGCCACCCGCCGCGCUCGCCGGAGCUGCGCCAGUCCGCUCGCCCGCCCGUCCUCGCAGCGCGAUGCCCGACCAUCGCCCGCCACCGCCCGCCGCUCGGCGCGCCGCCGGCCACGCGUGCACCUACCGACGCGCGUGCGGCUCCGUCACCCGCCGCGAGCGCGGCCGCAGCUCACCCGGGCGCCGCUGCCCGCCCCAGUGCUGCGCCGCCCGCCGCGUCCACCAGAGCUACGCCAGUCCGCUCGCCCGCCCGUCUUCGCAGCGCGCUGCUCAACCAUCGCCCCCACCCACCGCGAGCGCGGCCGCAGCUCACCCUGCCGCCGCUGCUCGGUCACCGCCCGGCGCGCCGCCGGCCACAAGCGCAACGCCCGACGCCGGUGCUAGAGCCGCGAGACCGUCGUCGUGCUCUGUCCGUCCGUCGCCGUAA